AUGUAUGGGGUGGCUCCGCCGAGGAGCUCCGAUUCGGGUGGCGUCGCCGCCGGUGAUGCGGAAUAUGUCCGGACUUACCAUACUUGGAAAGGCAGCAAUAUAUUUUUGCUUCAGGGGAGGUUCAUCUUUGGACCUGAUGCGAGAUCAAUAUUCCUGACGAUGUUCCUUAUUAUUGCUCCUGUUGCUGUUUUCUGUGUCUUUGUUGCCCAAAAACUGAUGGAUGCUUUUCCUGGCCACUGGGGCUUAUCAAUUCUCCUUAUAGUUGUGGUUUUUACAGUUUAUGAUGUGGUCCUUCUUUUGCUGACUUCAGGAAGAGAUCCUGGUAUAGUUCCACGUAAUAAGCAUCCUCCUGAGCCAGAAGGUUAUGAAGGCAGUAUGGACAGUGGUCAAUCUACACAACUGCGUCUUCCCCGUGUCAAAGACAUUGUUGUAAAUGGAAUCACGGUGAAGGUUAAAUAUUGUGAUACAUGCAUGCUGUACAGACCUCCACGAUGUUCACAUUGUUCCAUAUGUAAUAAUUGUGUGGAAAAAUUUGAUCAUCACUGUCCUUGGGUUGGCCAAUGCAUUGGAUUGCGGAAUUACCGGUUCUUUUUCAUGUUUGUCUUCUCGUCGACUCUUCUUUGCCUGUAUGUACAUGGUUUUUGCUGGGUUUACAUUCGGAAAAUAAUGGCCAGUGAGCACACUACAAUCUGGAAGGCAAUGAGUAAAACUCCAGCCUCCAUUGUACUCAUAGUUUACACAUUCGUAUCUGUUUGGUUCGUUGGGGGCCUCUCAGUGUUCCAUCUUUAUCUGAUCGGUACAAACCAGUCAACAUAUGAAAAUUUCAGAUAUAGAUAUGAUCAGCGAAGCAAUCCAUACAAUAGAGGAGUGGUUGAGAAUUUCAUGGAAGUUUUUUGCACUCGUGUUCCUCCUUCAAAGAACAAAUUCAGGGCAAAGGUGUUGCGAGACCCUGAGGUUCCAGCUCAAGCAUUCAGUGACGAUUUUUCAGUAUCUAAACUAAGGAAACCCAUGGGUGACAUAGAGAUGGGGCGAAAGCCAGUAUGGGAUGGAGAUGCGAGUGCGAUAAGUGACUUUGAAAGGGAAUAUAGCAAUAGUGAUAGCCAAGAGAAAGAUGCUGAGCUUCCAAUUGUAUCGCCCGAGCUAAGUAGGAUAACUCUUACUGAUGGUGCCGAGGGGAGGAGUAUUCUACACUCUAGGCGCUCUAGUUGGGCAAAGAAUAGAAGCCUGGAUAUGGCACCUGAACCUGGAAGCAGCUCCUCUCAGGUUCCAAAGGAGCCAGCGAUAUUCCAGCAAUGGCAUCACAACUUAGAUUCCAUUGCCUCUCCUGAAAUUGUUUCCAUGGCCUCCCGGUUUGGGGAGUUGGAUCAAUCUUCUCUUGGCGACCGAUUUAAAGAAGAGAAUCAGAAACGAUAA